AGGAGAUAAAUCAGCUGGGAUCCGGGGAGGUUUCUGGUUACAGAUCACUUAAGAGGUAGGCAGACUUGCAGAGCUGGGGAUGACUUGAGUUUUCUCUUUUCUUUUGGAUACUACAAUUGGAGGCAGCCUAGCCUGAGUGGUUAGAGGGCACGUUGCCUAUAAUCAAGACUACAGGAGACUUUCUUAAGGAAGGAAUCCUGUGCUAUGGAGAGGGGGCUGCUGUGUGUCCUGGUACUGCUGAUCAUCCUCUGGGGGGCCUCUGGCCAGGAUGGGGAGUAUUGCCAUGGCUGGGUAGAUAGCUCACAGCUCUGGCACAAGGGUUUCCAGUGUCCAGAGCGCUAUGACAUCCCAGAGGCUACCCUGUGCUGUGGCACCUGCGGCCUGCGCUACUGCUGCUCAUCUAGAGAGGCUCGGUUGGACCAAGGCUUGUGUCCUAAUGACCACGAACAGAGCAGUCCUAUGCCUCCAUCAGUGCCCAUGUACUUGCCUUUCCUCCUUGUUGGAUCUGUAUUUGUGGCUUUUAUCGUCAUUGGACUCCUUAUUGGACUUUGCUGCUGCAGGUGUUUGAAAUCACAAGAUGAGGAGCAGCAAAAUGGGUCUGCACCAAUACAGAGUCGGCUGCUAGAAGCUGAUCCUCCUUCUCGCCUCUCCAGUUCUAGCUCUAGUUCUGCCACCAGAGUUUCCUUGGGUGGUCAUACUCAGACCAACAAUAUCUGCAUGAAUAUGGCUCCACCUUUUCCUGUCAUAGGAUGCUCCCAGUUCUUGCCACCUCCAUCAACCAGUGGACUCCUGCAGGCCCCAUAUAUUAAUUAUGGAAUACCAACUGAUCACGCUGCAGUCAUGACACCCGCUCCUUUCCUUAGUAGGACAGUUCAUGGCCAGAUUUCUAACUCUUACUCCCUAAGUGCAAUGCAUGAUGAUGGAAGGAUGUGUUCAGGAGUCUACAUCUAAGAAAACUACUUGCAACUGUAAAAUAGUGCUCCAUGCUGCACACCCACAGGUGCUUCAAGGACAAAGUAACUGAAAGCACACCUUUUUAAAGCAUUAGCAUGCAUGAAAUGAUUCCUGGCUUUUUAAACUAAAUUAAAAGUAAUGUGACUUUUUAAUUGCUUAGUGUUUUAACCUCUGUGACUUGCAGUGCUGUUGAAAGGCACCCAAUUCUGUACCCAUUCUUUGUUUUGACAAGAAUUUCAACUAAAGCAAUGGCAGUGCAAGCAUCA